AUGCUGGCGUCGGACGUGGUCCUCUCUCCGCGGUCCCAACUCCUCUCGCCCGUCUCCAAGCUCCAUCGCGUCCGUGACCUCGAGACCGACGCCCAGCGCCAGCGCAUUGAAGCCUUCGCCCAGAAGACCCGCCACAUGAUGCGCCCGUCCAAGCUGUCCCUGCGGACGUCGCGCAAGCCGACGUUCGAGUACGCGUACCCGCUCUUCCCGAAGGCCCGCCAGCCCAUCACCAUUGAGACGGCGACGCCGCUCUUCCGUGCCAAGACGAAGGUGCAGCAAGCCGAGCCCAACCACGCACUGCCUGCCGCCCAAGCAGCGCGUGGUCACGACGGCGCCGAGACAGAACGUCAGCCCACGCAACGCGAGCCCAUUGGCACGCGCACGGAAGAGCGACGUAAGAGCCAUCAACGAGCGAUUGAGGAGGACGAGAAGAGACGCAAGUUGAAGAAGGCCGAGCCGCGGUCGGCCAAGGAUCCUGUGCUGCCAGCGACCAACUACCACCUCAAGCAAAUGGGUCUUGCGAGUCCCGAAAUCAAUAUCUACGCCCCGUUCAACGACGAGGCAGAGCCAUCCACAUCAGUGCGAGCAUCGCCCCCUCGCCACACGCAGUCGGACCUGGAUACGGCUGCAGGAGACCUUCGCCGGCGGAAGAAGCGGUCGCAGUCGUCCAGCGUUGGUCGCUUGACGCCAAUGAAAGCGCGGCUCCGUUCGCACCGCCGGUCCUCGUCGCCGCUGGCACCAUCGACUCCCGAGAGCGAACCACUGUCAAUGGUCUCCGUCGCAAUCGCCAUGGUGGUGUGCAUUUCUGUGGCGACUGUCGCGAUCUACGGCAGCGAACUGAUUAACGCCAUGACCAGCGGCCCUAACGCCGUUGCCUCGCGAUCCCAGUAUCUGCUUCUCUCGCUGCACACUGUCGCCCAAUACUUUCUCAAGAACCUCUCGUCCAUCCUCAUUGCGCUCUGCGUCGUGGCGUCGGUGGCGGCAAUCGUGGUUUACCUGCCACAGUCGGUGCAGGACGACGACCGCCUCGUGGAGAAGCUCGUCGUCUGCGCCAAAGAAGAGCUGCUUUUGCACGCCAAGUCCAACCGGCCGGGCCACGCUGCGGUCCGCGAGGCCUACCUCCGCGAAGCCAUCUUGGAUUUGCUUGGCUACAAGGGCGACGCCCGCACGAACGCCAUGGAGCUCUGGCCCAGCGUCCGCGCCGCUUUGGCCGAAGACAGCCGACUGCGCUGCGUGCGCGCCAAAGCCAAGCAGUCGACCGGGCACUCCAUCUACCUCUGGGAGUGGAUUGCACCGCAGUCGACGCUCGCCAUGAACGAGUACGCGGCGCGCGUCACGGCCCAUCGCAACGAAGCUCAGUGA